CCCUCCCCGCUGGUUUCCGCGCGAAAAAGCCAAGCCGGGGCCCGGGCUGUGCAGCUGCCGCCGCCACCAUCACAUCAUCAUCACCAUCCCCGUCGCUGUCCUCCAUCGCCGCCGCCCAUACCGCACCGCGAUGCCCGCCCGCACCGCCCCGGCCCGAGUGCCCACGCCGGCCUCCCGGGCCGUGUCUCUCCCCGACGAUGUGCGCAGGCGGCUCAAAGAUUUGGAACGAAAUAGCUUGACCGAAAAGGAAUGUGUGAAAGAGAAACUCAAGCUCCUGCAUGAAUUUCUACAAACAGAAGUCAAGAAUCAGUUAUGUGACUUGGAGACCAAGUUACAGAAGGACGAAUUAUCCGAGGAGGGCUACCUGGCUAAAGUCAAAUCCCUUUUAAAUAAAGAUUUGUCUUUGGAGAACGGCGCCUGCACGUUCAGUCGGGAAGUGAACGGGAGCCAUCCCCGCGGGGAGGAGCGGACAGCGGCCAUGGCCGAACCCUUCAAAUCGCCCCGGUCUGCGCGGAGAGGCAGGGCCGACAGAGACAACAAGGCAGCUGAGGUGUCACCGACGCCCCGGGUUACACGGCAGAGCAGCAGGCAGACCACAAUCACGGCUCACUUCCCAAGGGGCCCGGCCAAGCGGAAGCCUGAUGGGGAGCCCUCCAGAGAGAUUGUAGAAGAUUCUGGAGAUGACAAAGACCAGGAGGAAAAGAGGCGGCGAGUUGUCAUCCGUGAACCAGUUGCAGGCCCUUCCUCUGGGAGAACUGCACGGGUCCCCAUAGAAGUGGAGGUGGAGGACGGCACUCCUGUGGAGAGGGCAGCGUCCAGGCUUGCAGGGAGGACACUUACUUCCCCCUCUCCAGAAGAAAGGACCCUCCGAAGUCAGUCCCGUACAGCGUGUGGUCACACACAGUUCUCCCAUGACAGGGCUGUGCUGGAGCUCCAGGCUGUGGUCGUGGGCCUGGACACAGCCCUGGCAGCGACCCCCUUGCCGCGAGCGCCAGAGGCGGAUGUCACCAAGGGCUCCAGUGGCAAUGCUGAAACUCCAGACGAGACAGAUGAAGGGAGACCCCGAAGUCAGCCCAGAGAUUACGCGGCUGAGCAGAGACCGAAAGAAGAGCUGGAAGAAGUGCAGGUUUCCCAGGAGCGAGACAACGAAGAAAACGAAGAAAAGCGGCGCAGAAUGGCCUUCAAAGAACCGUUGGAGAGGAAGGUGGUCCGGUCCAAAGGGCUCAUGGCUGCCAAGAACGACCCUCUGCGGUGCAUCCAUUGCGGACAGUACCUGGAUGAUCCUAAUCUCAAGUAUGAGCAGCACAUGCCGGACGCGCUGGAUGAGCCGCAGCUGCUGACCAAUGAAGUCUUGUCCAUCUUCGGCAGCGAGUCGGGCUUCGGCAGCUACGAGGACACGCCCCAGCACAAGCUGACCUGCUUCAGCGUGUUCUGUAAACGAGGCCACUUGUGCCCCAUCGACACGGGCCUCAUCGAGAAGAAUGUGGAACUCUACUUCUCUGGCUCAGCCAAGCCCAUCUACGAUGACGACCCAUCCCCAGAGGGUGGCGUCAACGGCAGGAACCUGGGCCCCAUCAACGAGUGGUGGGUCACGGGCUUCGAUGGCGGCGAGAAGGCCCUCAUGGGCUUCAGUACCUCCUAUGCAGAAUACAUCCUGAUGGAGCCCAGUCCCGACUACGCGCCCGUGUUCAACCUGAUGGAGGAGAAGAUCUAUAUCAGCAAGAUCGUCGUGGAGUUCCUGCAGGGCCACUCAGAGGCUGCCUACGAGGACCUCAUUAACAAGAUUGAGACCACAGUGCCCCCAUCCAAACUCGGCCUGAACCGCUUCACCGAGGACUCCCUGCUGCGCCAUGCGCAGUUCGUGGUGGAGCAGGUGGAGAGCUACGACGCGGCUGGGGACAGCGAUGAGCUGCCCAUCUUCCUCACGCCCUGCAUGCGCGACCUCAUCAAGCUGGCUGGGGUCACUCUGGGAAAGAGGCGCACCGAAAGGCGUCGCGUCAACAGACAGGCCAAGGAGAAGGCCAAGGCUCCAGAUAAGGUCACAACUACCAGGCUAGUCUGCAAGAUCUUUGACACUGUGUUUGCCGAGCAAAUCGAUAAGGCCGAGAAGCAGGAGGACAAAGAGAACAUGUUCAAGCGCCGGCGCUGUGGUGUCUGCGAGGUUUGCCACCAGCCCGAGUGCGGCCAGUGUAAGGCCUGUAAGGACAUGGUGAAGUUCGGAGGCCAGGGCCGCAGCAAGCAGGCCUGCCUGGAGAGAAGGUGCCCGAACCUGGCCAUGAAGGAGGCGGAGGAGGAUGAUGAGGUGGAUGACAUCCCCGAGGUGCCAUCGCCCAAGAAAAUGAAUCAGGGCAAGAAGAAGAAGCUGAACAAGAACCGCAUCUCCUGGAUCGGGGACGCCAUCAAGACUGACGGCAAGAAGAUCUACUACAGGAAGGUGUGCGUGGACUCGGAGACCCUGGAGGUGGGCGACUGCGUUUCCGUGUCCGCUGAAGACUCGUCCAAGCCCCCCUACUAUGCCAGGAUCACAGCACUGUGGGAGGACGCUAGCAGUGGUCAGAUGUUCCAUGCGCACUGGUUCUGCAUGGGCAAAAACACCGUCCUAGGGGCUACCACGGACACCCAGGAGCUCUUCGUGGUGGAUGAGUGCGAGGACAUGCAGCUGUCUUACAUCAACAAAAAAGUGACCGUCCUCUACAAGGGUCCGUCUGCCAACUGGGCCAUGGAGGGCGGAAUGGAGCCUGAGCCUGUCGUCACGGAUAAGAAGACCUUCUUCUACCAGCUGUGGUACGACCAGGACUAUGCCCGCUUCGAGUCCCCGCCACAGAUCAAGCCCGCGGAGGGCACCGAGUACAAGUUCUGCACAAGCUGCGCCCGGCUGGCAGAGAUGCGGCAGAAUGAGAUCCCACGGGUGCUGGGGCAGCUGGAGGACCAGGACGGGCGUGUGCUCUACAGCGGGGCCACCAAGAAUGGGAUCCAGUACCGAGUGGGUGACUGCGUUUACCUGCCCCCCGAGGCCUUCACCUUCAACAUCAAGCUGUCAAGCCCGGUGAAGCGGCCACGGAAGGAGCCGGUGGAUGAGGAACUGUAUCCAGAGCACUACCGGAAGUCCUCGGACUACAUCAAGGGCAGCAACGUGGAUGCGCCUGAGCCCUACCGCAUCGGCCGCAUCAAGGAGAUUUUCUGUGCCAAGAAGAGCAGCGGCAAAGCCAACGAGGCUGACAUCAAGCUCCGUGUUCACAAGUUCUACAGGCCUGAAAACACGCACAAGUCCAUGCCGGCCAGUUACCAUGCGGACAUCAACUUGCUGUACUGGAGCGACGAGGAGGCCGUGGUAGACUUUGCCGCUGUGCAAGGCCGCUGCACUGUCGAGUACGGCGAGGACCUGUCUGAAUGCCCACAGGACUUCUCAGCUCGUGGCCCUGACCGCUUCUACUUCCUUGAGGCCUACAACGCCAAGAGCAAGAGCUUUGAGGACCCCCCGAACCAUGCGCGCAGCCCCGGGAAUAAAGGCAAAGGGAAGGGCAAAGGGAAGGGCAAGGGCAAAGCCCAAGCCCCACCGAGUGAGCAGCACAGGGAGUCUGAAGCCACCAUUCCACUGCCUAAGCUGCGGACCUUGGACGUAUUCUCGGGCUGCGGGGGCCUGUCCGAGGGCUUCCACCAGGCAGGCGUCUCGGAGACGCUGUGGGCCAUCGAGAUGUGGGAGCCCGCUGCCCAAGCCUUCCGGCUCAACAACCCAGAUACCACGGUCUUCACCGAGGACUGCAACAAGCUGUUGAAGCAGGUUAUGUUGGGGGACACCGUCAACGCACUGGGGCAGGUGCUGCCGCAGAAGGGCGACGUGGAACUGCUGUGCGGGGGGCCGCCCUGCCAGGGCUUCAGCGGCAUGAACCGCUUCAACUCACGAACCUACUCCAAGUUCAAGAACUCCCUGGUGGCCACCUUCCUCAGCUACUGCGACUACUACCGGCCUCGCUACUUCCUCCUAGAGAACGUGCGCAACUUCGUGUCCUUCAAACGCUCCAUGGUCCUGAAGCUCACGCUCCGCUGCCUCGUGCGCAUGGGCUACCAGUGCACUUUCGGGGUGCUGCAGGCUGGCCAGUACGGCGUGGCCCAGACGCGCCGCCGGGCCAUCAUCCUGGCAGCCGCCCCCGGCGAGAAGCUGCCCCUUUUCCCCGAGCCCCUUCAUGUGUUCGCACCUCGAGCCUGCCAACUGAGCGUCGUGGUGGACGACAAGAAGUUCGUCAGCAACAUCACCAGGCUGAGCUCGGGCCCUUUCCGGACCAUCACAGUGCGCGACACCAUGUCCGACCUCCCCGAGAUCCGGAAUGGAGCAUCGGCCCUAGAGAUCAUGUACAACGGGGAGCCCCAGUCCUGGCUCCAGAGGCAGCUGCGGGGUUCCCAGUACCAGCCCAUUCUCAGGGACCACAUCUGCAAGGACAUGAGUGCCCUGGUGGCCGCCCGCAUGCGGCACAUCCCCCUGGCGCCAGGCUCCGACUGGCGCGACUUGCCCAACAUCGAGGUGCGCCUGUCAGACGGCACCAUGGCCCGCAAGCUGCGUUACAACUUCCACGACCGCAAGAACGGCUACAGCAGCACCGGGGCACGGCGGGGCGUCUGCUCAUGCUGUGAAGCAGGUAAAGCCUGUGAUGCUGCAGCCCGGCAGUUCAACACGCUCAUCCCCUGGUGCCUGCCGCACACGGGCAACAGGCACAACCACUGGGCCGGACUGUACGGGCGCCUGGAAUGGGACGGCUUCUUUAGCACUACUGUCACCAACCCUGAACCCAUGGGCAAGCAGGGCCGUGUGCUGCACCCCGAGCAGCACCGUGUGGUGAGUGUGCGGGAGUGCGCCCGCUCCCAGGGCUUCCCCGACUCCUACCGGCUCUUUGGCAACAUCCUGGACAAGCACCGGCAGGUCGGCAACGCUGUGCCCCCGCCCCUGGCCAAGGCCAUUGGCUUGGAGAUCAAGCGCUGUUUGCUGGCCAAAGCGCAGGAGAGCACCUCAGUUAAAAGCGAGGAGAAGCCUCACAAGGACUAGUGUGAUCCUCCCCUCCAGUCCCGUCGCCCCCGCUCCAGGCACAGGGACCCCGAGAGCUGUGGUGUGGUGUUGCCCAUGAGCUUGUCUGCAGGUCCUGCGUGUCCAGCACUGCCGCCAGCCUUGCCCCAGCUGUGUCGGUCUUCAAGGUUUUUUUAUCCUGCAGUUUAUCAAAAGCACCACCGUCUGCGUGGCCCUUAAUUAAGACUUUAUGUAGUUUUUAUAUGUUGUAAUAUUUCUUCAAAUAAAUCUCUCCUUAAA